AAGUUGUCUGCGAACGCGGGAGCAGAACGGUGAGCUGACCACAUCGAGAGUGCGGAGGACAGAGCUGGAACAUCCAUCUCAGAGUGACAGGAAACACAUCGAGGCCUCACCAGAGGGAACACAAACUAUCAUCUCUAACAGAGACAUGCAGAAAGGUGAAGCAGAGAAGACGGAUGCUGACCAUGGGAGACCAAUUACUAAAGCGCACCAUAGGUCCAGUAUCUCUCUGGAAAGCCUCUACAGCCUCAACAGCAGACAAAGCUCCUCAAGUGGAGUCACCAGUGGGUCAGACUAUUCCAGUAACAGAAACAGUCUGAAGCUAGAGGACGAUCUGCUGUGCACAAGACAGUUUUGUGGCAGAGCCAGAGUCCAUACAGAGUAUGUGCCAAGUCCAUACGACACCGAGUCCCUCAAACUCAAGGUGGGAGAUGUCAUUGACAUCAUAACCAAGCCUCCCAUGGGAAUAUGGACAGGCAUGCUGAAUGGCAGAAUAGGAAAUUUCAAGUUCAUCUACGUGGACGUACUGAGGAAGGAGAACUUGGAAACACAAAUCCACAGACAUAAAUCAACUGUCCAGGAAGUGCUGAAGCGUCUCAGUCUUGAGGAAUAUUCCACAUGUUUGCAGCUGGGCGGUUACCAAACUGUAGACGACUUGAUGGGGCUGAGGGAGAAUCAUCUGAUGGAGCUGAAUGUGACUGAUCCAGAGCACAGGCAGCGUCUGCUCGCUGCUGUCAACUCCCUGCAGCAACUGCGCUCUGAUUGUCAGUUGGAGAAUGAAGCUGAUCAAAAGGCCGAGAGCUCCGCUGAGAACAUGAAGGCAGAUGUGAGUAACUGCCCCAGAGACUCUGGCUGCCCCAUGCCAUCUGACAGCCCUGACAGCAUCACAGAGGAAGCAGACCUUCAUUUUCUCUCUGACCAUGCUUUACCAGCCAACGUGACGGCUUAAUAAGAGAAAACUAUUCCUUGACAUGCUUGUUUUAUUUCUUCUGUUGCUGUUGACUUGUUUUUCCCACAGCUGUGAAACAUGGAAACAUACAAUAAAAGGCACACUCUGACCUAA